AAUAAAAUUAACUUGGCGAGGAAAAAUACCACUGUCCCUUUUAAAUAGCAUCGGUCGAAAAACGUUGCAAGCACUUAUUCCGUCUUCAAUUUCUCAUCAGUGACUAGUGUUAAUAUAAAUGCCAUUCAAGUGGACUUCACUAAAGUAGUCUAAAGACCCCUCAGAUUUAACUUUAGUCCUGGCUUGUACGUACGAAUUCUAUAUCUGUAACAGAAAUUCUAUCACUUAUUUCUGUGCUAAUGUGGUAUGGCAACUCGAACUGAUGUACGUACGUACGAACUUCUACGUUGUUCAUGACUGACUGACUUCUGUCACUGAUCAAUCCUCAUAUUAUUGUAAGAAAUGCCAUGCGUGUCCUCGUGAUACGUUUUUCGAAUUCCUGACUUAUGGUAGUUGCAACCAUCUAUAAAAAAUAAGUUUUUCUCUCCCUGAAUCCGUGGAGAGCAAUGACCUACGUAGGUUUCUGCUUUACAGUCGUUUGUAUUAUUUACUGGAAUUUGAAAACAUUACUUUGUGUAUUGCCGUUACUUUAUUCUACAGGAUUAUAGAAAACGGUGACUUUGCCCCUUGCGUCGUUCAGCACGUAAUGGGUUUUCUGAAAGGCAUAGACCCAUUGCUUAGCUAUUUUUAAAAUUAUCGCUGUACACUUUCAUGGUUAAAAGUUAGAUAUAUGUUAGAUGCUAUUAUUCAGGGUCUGUGUUCUAGUGUAUUACUAAGGUAAAAAGAUGCGGUGAACGAAGGCCUCUAUACAUGUAUUCAAACUUCGAACUUUCACCUAUAACAACUGUCUAUGACUGGGCAUGUUGUUCGUUACAUUAUCUGAAAUGUGGGAUUUUAGCUUUAAUCUUGUAGUUAACAUAUUGGUGAUUUAUACAAGCAAACUGCGCUUUUUCUUUGGUGAGGUGUGAAACCAUGUCCCGAUAAUCAGGUUUAAAUGUUUAUAAAGGUUUAUUAAAACUAGUGUUCUAUUUUCCCGGUAUAAGGUGGUCGUUAUGCUGCUCAAAAUACAGUGCUACAUGUCAUUUCACUUUCUCGGAAUCCUGAGGGGAGUAGGGAUAGACUUAGCAGUCUUUGCGCCAAAUCGAAUAAAAUAUAGCGAUCCAAAAGCCUAUUUCUUGAUGCCAAGCCCGUUUUCGAUUCACUUCAUAAGACACUCGAUAUCCAUCAAACUAAACGUUUAGUAUUGACUCGUCUUUCAUUUGCAUUUUACUUUCUUAAGUUUAUCAAGCAGUCUCAACUCGUUUAAAAUUUACUUUACAUUGUUUCAUCUAAAAUUGUUGCUAUAUUACCAAAUAUUUCUGUAAAACUACAUUUUCAGGAUGACAGAAGAAACUGUGGUAGAGGAAAUCAAUUACGAGGAACAAUAUGGGUAUGUUAAUGAGAGUUCUGUUUAGUUCAGGUUAGUGUAUUUCAUCAACCUUUGUGAACCAAAUCCACAUCCUGGACAAUUCAUUGUGAUUACUAGACUAGUAAUCUCUUGUUGUGUAUCUCUCUCACACCACGCUUUGAUAUUUCCCAUGGAAGCUAAUUUUUCCUAGCUGUAUAUACAUUUGUGAUUAGACUUGUUUCUUACCGCCUUUUAGGGUGCUUGUCGAAGAGAAUAAAAAGUUGAAGAUUGAUAUUUCAAGUUUGCAGUUAAGCAAUCGAAGUCUUGUCAAUCAGAAUAGGGAUGAGAAAAAAAAGGUUAUGGAUUGUCGUUUGCAGAUUGCUGAUUUAGAAGGGCGUCUUAAGGCGUUCGAUGCCACAAAGCAGGAAUUAGCCGAUUCACAAGGACAAUGUGAACGUGUACGUAUGACAUUAGAAAGUUGUGAAGCUAAAUUAGCUGAUGCUGAAAGGCGUGCAGAUGAAGCAUCCGGUUUGAUAAAGAUCAAGGAUAGCAUUAUCGUGAAACAAAGCAAUUUCACAAAGGAGAUUGAAGAACGCUUGAGAAAUAUCACGGAGGAACGAGAUAAUUUGUUACAUAAAACCUCUAAUCUAGAGACGGAAUUAAAUAUAGCUAUUGUUAGAGGUGAAGAUGCUGAUGACUUAAAAGAACGAUUGAAGGCGUUACAGGAACUUUUUGAUAAUCUGGUCAAUGACCGUUCCCAAACAACUAGUGAGAGUGGAUUAGCUGCUGCUAAUGAGUAUUUCAAAUCCGAACAGGCUAAAUCUGAAAACCGUAUCGCAGAACUUAAAGAAGUUAAAAGUGGAUUGGAGCAAAAGAUUGAAGAACUAUGUGGCGAUAAAAAGCAACUACAAAUACAGUUGGAACAACAACUAGAUGAAUAUGAGAAGCUGGGUGAGAAAUGCGCGACUCUGGAAGCACGUAUCAAGGAAAUGGCACAUUCUGAAAGAAGAUAUGGUGGUGGUAUGCUUGGCGGUCGUCUGAUUGGACCCACUUUACCUCCAUGGAUCGCUGAUGACAAAAAGCUGGAAAACGAUCUAGAACGACUUUCAAAGACUGAUCCUGCUACUCUGCGUGCAAAGGUCAUGGAACUAGAAAGCCAAGUCAACGAGCUUAAUCAACUUCUGACUUAUCGGGAAGACGUGAUUCUCCGUAUUCAUGAGGAAAUAUCGAAAAAGGCUUCAAAACUCGAAGCCGCCGAUGUUGAACGUUCAAGUCUUACAGCUCAAAUCAGUAUACUGAAACGCGAGUUGGCAACGGCUCGUGAAGACUUAGCUCGUCGAGGAGUAGGUCCUAUUGAAUUAGAAACUGAAAUUGAACGUUUACGAAGUAAACGAGAUAGAGAAUAUCAACGACGCAAGCGAACUGAAACCGAUUUAGAGAACAUGGAAAAAGAAAACCAGGAGUUGAAACAAAGAAUCAAGAGACUAGAAGAAGCAGCGAUAGCUACUCCUCCUAAACCAAUAAUUCCUCAAAGUGAUCCUUCUGAUAGAAAUAAAAUCAUUGAGCUACAAGGCGCUGUUAAUCAACUUCGAAUGGACAAUGAAGCUAAGCGAUCGGAGCUUUUCGACCUGCGAUCACGAUUUGAUGCUAAAUCUGCACAGGUUGAUAAAAUGUCUGCCGAGUUUAAAACAAAAGAACGCCUUUGUUCCGAGCUCACAACUCAGCUUGCAAAUACUCGUGGCCAGCUGGAAAAUACUAUAAAGGAGCUGGAAUCAGUCCGAUGCAGAGCUGUGCGCGGUGGUGCGGAAGUUGAACGUUGGCAUUCAGACCUAACAAGUUUGCAAACUACCAAUAAAUUUCUUUCUUCACAGUUAAACGAUUUGAGAAAUAAAGUAAUUGCGAAAGACAAAAUGAUUGUCGAACUAGGCAAACGUUGUGAAAGUAUUCUAAAUAGUCAUCCUAUUCAAGCUCACGAAGAGCCACAUGUGAACGUUAACGGAGAUGAAGGUGUGUGCUCACGUUGUCAGGAGCGUCUGUUUACUGAAGACAAUCAACAGUCGAAUGAACUGGAUAUAAUUUCUCAGCUUAAAGCUAAACUGUCUUCAAUGGAGGAUCGUUGUAAAACCUUAAUGGCUGAAGCAGUUCAAACCCAACAGGCAAAUGAGAAUGUAAAAUCUCAGUUGGAGUCCGAACUUGCUAAUGCCCAACAGUCUGUACAAAAGUUGUCCGAAGAAGUUGCCCGAGAAAAAGAGACAGCAUACAAUUCAACCUCUCGCGUCCAAGAACUCACUGCUCAAGUAAAUAAGUUAGAAACAGACCUUUCUCAAACCAGAAUGCAACUAAUAGAAGCUCAGUCAGAUCAUCAAAAAGAAAACGAUAUCAAUGCAUCAGCUGCCUCACCUCCUGCCAAACGAACUAGGCGAAGUACUAAUGCUGUGAAUAAUGUCAAAGCGAAUUCAAAGAGUAAUCAGGAUCAUUCAUCCGGUGGGCGUCAUUGACAUACACACUACAAUGGUUCCAUUUAAUAUUCCACCUACAUUACCAACAUCCAGGGUUUCAUCCGAUUAAUUUAUGGUUUCAUUUCCAGUCAAAGAAAUCCCACAAGAAUCGAUUCUCUCCCGGAUAUCUUACUAGUUUUGUUAUGAGUUUUCAUUAUUUCUAAACUAUUCGUGUGUUAUUAUUAAUUUCUUCUCUUAACUCUGAUAUAUUCUACAUAUGUACACAUUAAGAACUUUUUAUCGAAGUUGCAUUUUCUCCGCUCUAUAUGCGGUCUUUUGUUUCUUUUUAUUUUAAAAAAUAAAUGAUGGAAAUUUGUUACAUUUUUUGCCUUUUAAACAUAUUCAUAUAGUAGUAACGGUUAAUAUAUUGUUUGUUUAAUUUGAUGAUGCCUUUAAAAAGGGAAAUCAUGUACAAUAAAUCUGAUCUUAUUGUCU